AUACCAAAAAUACCAGUAAUAACAAUAGUGACUUUUCUGAUAAAUAUCAGAAAAUCAGGUUCGCCAAUUGUUAAAUGAUACAGAUGAUAAUGAUGAAGAUCUUUAAGGUAAAAAUAUUUCUAAUGAAAGGCUUUGUAUAAUAAGAUAUUUACAUUGUUUUGAAUAGAUGCAUGGGUAUUUGAUAUAUUUUCCAAAAAUAUGUUAUAAUUGUAGCACGAUAAAUUUUGUAAUAUACUAUCACUAUUGUGUUAAAAAUAACCUUACCAUGAUACCAUUAAACUUCUAUAUAAACUGUUUAAUUCUCAAACAUAAAUUUGACGAUUAAUAGCAAGAUUAUAUCAGUUAUCAAAUUUUAUAAUAAUCUUCAGGCUAAAGUAACAUAAUAGAUUGGUUAAUAUAUAACAGCUUAUAAUAGUAUUCCUGAUAAAAACCUUUAUCAGAGCUGAUCUUAUUGAUUGUUUCAGGUAUACUUUCGAGUUAAGCAAGGAUUAGUUCGAUUCACAUUUUAGCUGUUACAAAAAUUCUAACAUAUUUAUUUUAGGUUUGGCUUCAACUUUUGGACGAUGCUAUGUAUUGUUAUUUAGUAUUUUUGCCAGAUUUGAAGAUCUAUAAGCGUAAGUGUAAAAAUUUGAAUGCAUGAUAAACGCAUAUGUGAAUAAACUAAAAGCAAAUAUGGCAGAUAUAAUACAUUUAAAUACUAUUCCUCAUAUAAUAAAUAUUUUUAAUUAAUUAUAUAUUAAAAUUCACCAAAUCAGUUUAUUAUUAAUAUUAAAAAACAAAAUAUUGCAAAAUGUACACUUGUUGAAACUUUAUUUGAAGAUUAUUAGAUAGAUAAUUUUUUACAAUUUUAUUAAGGAGAAAUAAUUGAAAUAUACAAAGAAAUAGACUGCAUAAAGUGAGUGUUGAUCCAAAUGUAGAAUUCUUGUAAGUUCCUAGGCUCUUCAAUUGGUGUGUUGCAUUGGGUGGGGGAAAAAGUGGAUAUAAGUUUAUUCUAAUUGCCAGGUAUAAAUAGGACGAAUCAAGCAUUUGAAGUUAUUUCAACGACUAUUAUGGUCCCGGAAGAUUUGGUAUGAUCUAUGUUAAGAUUCAGAAAAAGUUUCUUACUCUCCCGGAAGAUAACAUAUGUAAUUACAUCAGAGUAUUAAUCAAAUUUGAUAAUUGUGUGUUUGAAAAGUGAUACAUAAUAGAAUAUUUUAAUCAAGGUUAUGAUAUAUUCAUUUAUUCAUUUAAAAGUUAUUGUCUUGAAAAUAAGUGAAAAUAAAGAAGAAAUCAAUAUUUUUAAAAAUUUUAUUACAAAAAAGGGAAUGUGAUAGGUUGCUACAAAAAUUUGUGAUGUUUAUGGACCAUAUGUCAGUAUACGUGACUUAAAUAUGAUUCAAGCAUUUUUGAUUUGCACAGUUUCAUAAGUGAUACACCUCACUUUGGUUGGCCAAUGACUGAAAAAUUCGAUAAAAUCACAGAAAAAAUGAAUAAUUUGUCAUAUUAGAAGUUAUGAUGUUGCUAAGGAAUUAAACAUUGACCACAAAACAGUUUUAAAUUAUUGAAGAAGGUAAAAAAAAACUCAAUGUUGGGUACUACAUAUACGAUAUAGAAUUCAAUCGUCAUAUUUAUUACAGCAGCAUUUUACUUACAUUUAGUUUAUUUAUUUUUCCCUGGCUUUAAAAAAAUUCAUUAGUUUUUAUUUCUUUGCAAUUAUAAGAAUCAAACAAAUUUCUUUGUAAAGUACUAUUUUUUACGAACAGCAUGUAUGUGAUGUAUGUAAUAAUUCGAUGAAAUAGUAAUUCAAUUUGAAAAUUGGAAUUAAAUGUACAUAUCAUGACAUACGAUAAAAAAUAAAUAAAUAAUAAAAAAAUAUAUAUAUAUUUGAACAAUUCUCAUUAUUAGCGGAUCGUGAUUCUGUCUUCAGCCAAUAGAAGCUUAAGAAUCUCUGAGGUAAUUCUAUUGGUCACUUCCAACAUACAAGGAACAGUAUAAAUACUACACGCUGCUACGCGUUGUUACUUCUAAAAUAGAGCUCAAUAGUGCUCGUUCCGAUUAAGUAAAUUUAUAUUUUUAAAAAGCUUUGAUAUGUCUGGACGUGGAAAAGGCGGUAAAGUGAAGGGAAAGACGAAGUCACGGUCAAAUAGAGCUGGAUUACAAUUUCCAGUUGGUCGUAUCCAUCGUCUUUUAAGGAAAGGUAAUUAUGCAGAACGCGUUGGAGCCGGAGCGCCAGUUUAUUUGGCAGCAGUGAUGGAAUAUUUAGCUGCUGAAGUUCUCGAGUUGGCCGGAAAUGCUGCUCGUGAUAACAAAAAGACAAGAAUUAUUCCGAGACAUUUACAAUUGGCAAUUCGAAAUGACGAAGAAUUAAAUAAAUUAUUGUCUGGCGUGACUAUUGCUCAGGGCGGUGUCUUGCCAAACAUACAAGCUGUUUUGCUUCCAAAGAAGACAGAAAAGAAAACAUAAUUAAAAAUUUGUAAACUAAAACGGCCCUUUUUAGGGCCACCA